GCCCAUAAUCGUCACCAACAGCAAAUGCAACAGAAUCAGCAAGAUCCAGGCGGUGACACGGGACAAAAUAUGCGAACUUCGCAGAGCGCCUCCUGUUUGUCUGCUAUUUCAACUACUCAGCUCACAACUGCGUCCAAUGGUUAUCGAAGUGAAAGUGAUAUCGAAGACGAGUCCCAGUCCACAAAAAGAAGUACACGGAGGUUGAAAAAGAACACCACCACAGACUCCGGCUGCACACCUACCACUACACGCGUUAAAGCUGCAACGCUUGGUAGAGCAGUUAGUCCAUCAGUUAAAGGGCUUGUAGACGCGAAUUAUUAUCCUCCUGGAAGGCAUGGUCAAGAAACUCUUCGGUUUUUGACGCCUACAGAACCAGCUACGCAUUCAGGAAGUGAUCUUCAAAAUCCCGAAGCAUCUGGCAAGGAAAAACAAUGCUACACAAUGUUAAUUAACACUGCAGGAUCUACUCCAUCAAGAGUUACUGCUGCGGAUCCAUUUCGAUACGUUCAAAUUCGCAACACUCCAACCCACCUUGGAGGGGGGAGAUCGGGGUCGGGAAGUGGUAAAAAGUCUGCUCAAUCCGUCAGUUGGCGAAUGGAGCCUCAUGAACUUCGCACCUAUUCUCCUGAAACCUCGUCGGAACAGACACUUCUAAGCGGACCUAGAGCUUUUGUUGACGCAGAUAAUGAUUAUGCUCGUUUAGGAAAGAAUACUGAUUCAACUACCAUGCCACCAUAUGAUCAGCUUGUGCAUCGGUCUAGAAACGAAGUUUCUGGAAAUAAUACUUACUCCGAUUACUCUAAUAACGUGAUCUGA